AUGAAUCCUCAAUUGACAUGGGGAGGCCAUUACGUCCAAGGGGUUCCGAUGGCAUAUUGGUGGGACCGGGCUUUGGCUGUCAUCAGGAUGGUAACCCAUCAACCAAAGUUAGAGGUCCCUUCCUACUACAACGUGAUACAAUUUACCACCAAGAACAAACCAAACAACAAAAGUGCAGAUGAACAAAUGAGCUCUACCGCGCAGACACUUCCUAAGUUGCUUUUUACAACCGCACCGGCGGUAUUGCUCAAGACGACUCCUCAGCCCAAGAAAAAAGCCACAAUGUUGGCUUACGGCAAAAAAUUUCCAAUUUAUGAUUUGCGUACUUUGUUGAAGGAUUUUUCUGAGAAGACUUUCACCAAGGAGAUGCUGGAAGACAGAAAUUUAUAUCUUCCUUUGUGGAAUGAAAUACCCUAUGGUUCGAUGGUCAUUAUGUCCCAUAUGAUUCACAUUGCACAACCUGCAACCGGUCGAAAUCAUUUUAAAUUGUUCAACUAUGCUAUGCAUAGUGGGGAUUUUUGCUGUCCAGUCCAACUGUUGACUAGAGAGUGGGUUGCAAAUAUGUACCUACUCUUUUCUUUUAAUUCUACAUAA